UGAGCGACCUCUAGUGGGGGGUAAUUUUGACGUUUGAUUGCCUAGUCCGACGACGAUCAGCUGGUUGAGUCCAGCAGCAGAAUUCAAGAAACUGCACUAUGGGUGCAGAUCAUGAAUUUGGUGGUCAAAAUUAUGGAAAGAAGUUCAAUGUGUUUUGAACAGUAACCGAACAGCGAAAAUUUGAAUCGUCAUUCUUCGAUGCUUUGCGCCAUCUGCCGGAAUUAUGGAGCUUUUGAUCGCAAAUUGGCUCCUGAAAUUAAGCCUAAAUUUGAGAUAUUAUUGUUCACAACGAUAAAGCUAAUUUUUCUGAGUAUAAUGGCCCUUUGUACGACCGCAAAUGAUUUAAAAUGGAUUUUCAAAUCAAUUAAUCGGGGAGACGUUGACAAUUUUUUAAAUUUAAGGCCACAAGAAAUGUGAUCCAGAAACCGUGAAUAAAUGUUAAUUUAAUGAUGGAAUUACGUGAUGUACCAGAUAGCAGCAUAUUAUCUUCAUCUUCCUUUGCUACGCAGAAUCGCAUACAGAAUGGGAUACCACUUUUACUGAUUUCUUUUCGUAGUCAAAGCAAUAGUUUCAGAAAACAUUCAAGUAAUGUGAAUAGUCAUCCAGAAUCAUUGCUACAAUCAGUUCAAUAUUCGGAAUAUCCAGAACAUCAUUCUUAUCAAUCAAAUAUAUAUCAUCACAUUAGAAAUCCUGCAUCUGAGAACGUUCAUGAACAUAAUAGUGUAAAAAUCAUUAAGUCGUGGCCGGAAGAUACAUUUUACACAUUAUUUGCAGCAACUUUCACAUUUGUUGGUGUUCUCAUAGCAGUAGUGUGGAUAAUUAUUUGGCUUAGAAAUAACAUUUGGCGUAGAAGAGAAAUAUCGACGAAGACAAGUAACAUUAAAGAACAUUUUACAAAGAUGGAUGAAAAUAAAGACAAGCUUCGGGAAGCAUCUAAAGUGAAUACAUGUUUACAAAUAACCAUUACAGAUACAGAAUCACAUGAUUUACUAGUCGAGGAUACAUUGACUGCAGAAAAUGAUAUAGCUCGAGACAAAAUAACAAGUCGUCAUAUGAAUAUGCGUCAAUUAGAGACUUCACAACAGACGAUCAAACAGAAUUGCCAAGAGAAAAAAAUAAAUAAAAAAACUCGAAAACAAAUAAUAAAAACGGAAAAUGUGAUCAUAGUAAAUGUUGGUGAAAAAGAUGGGGAAUGUUCAUUUUCUCGUUUAAAACUCCGUAAAAACAAACAUGUAGAUGCUGAGGUCGAGGAAAUAAGAGCAAAAGAUUCCGAUCAAACCUUAGCCUCAAUAAAAAAUGAAAUGCAUUCAAGAGAACAAAUGUUAGAUCAAAAGUUAGAAGAUAAUUUUGAAAAGCACUCAGAGAUUAGCUAUGAAUGUGAUAAAGAUUCUUCAAAUAAUUCAGAUACGUCGUCUUCCUUUACCUUUAUACCACCUCCAACACCGUCAUCCAUUUCGUCAUCUGUAAUUUCGUCAGCUGUUAACAUUACACCGAACACUAUCAUGGGAAGUUUUAACAGUGCUUGUGAAGUCAGUCAACAGUUCACGUUUUCACCUAAACUGGUGAAUGAAUAUAAAUCUGAAAAAUCAUCUGAUAACCAGAAAAUUGUUGGAAUCGGUUCAAAGACCGCAAAUUCAUAUUACCGUUUUCCUGAUGUGGACACCUUCACUCCUCCUUCUAUUCAAUAUGAUGAAAAACCCUCGAAAAGAAUAUCUCUUAUUUAUCCUUGCAUUUCGCCAAAACAUCUUAAGCAAAAUGAUGCGUCAAAUUAUCUGGUACAACAGGUAGAUCAGACGACGUUCAACAAUAUUCAUGAGAUAACUGAACAAUCGAAUCAUCUUGCUCAAAAUAGUGCCUGUCUAAGUGAUCGAGCAUCAAGGCGAGCCCGGCUGAAGUCUAUUUCUCUAGACUCGGAAGGAGCCCGAUUAGUAGAAGAAAACCUGUCUUCUGGUAUUCCCGUGGAGGAGUUGGUAGAAAGAGCAGCAAACCAGGCGCAUUAUUCAUCUGCAGAAAACCAGUCGCAGCCAACUGAAAUGGCUGCUAGUAGCAGUUCUGCAUCCUGCAGAAAGCAACGAAAUAUCUUGAAUCUAAAAUUGAAUUUAAAUGAUAAAGAUAAGACAUUACCGGUUGAUGAAGAGUACAGACUAAAUGAUUUCUUUUUCGAAUACUAUGAUUACGAUGACGAAGAAGACACCGAGGGUAGAGUUAAAUUGAACCGUGGUGCAGCUUACACUGAAAAACAUCCAAAUCAGUUCUCUCAGAGGCUCCAACCAAAGACACCCACCUUGAACCUGACACGCGAGAAAGCCAACUCCCUCGAUUCAGAACAAUAUCUGAAUUAUCUUUUACCUACAACAAAUCAGACGUUGUAUGGACCCGAAAAAGAAGAACAAGAGCUUUCAAGCAAAUCUUCUACGACGUCAAUUCGCGUUUCUUCACUAUCGGUUCCAACUACACCGAAACGACAGUUCCAUAGGUUACCACAUCAGCAACAGCUGGUUUUUGGCAAAUCCAAACAGAACGGAAAUAUCAAUGACAACUGUUCUGUCGUCUCCAACAGCCCAUCAUCGGAUCGGUAUUUACUAAGCGGGUUUAAGCAUAGGCUUUGCAGUUUUGAUGAAAAGACCUGCGUAUAUAACAAUCAAAUGGUUACCGAAGCUGAAAGUUUAUCAUCGAGCAUUCGAAUAUUAUCGAAUGAUCAAAGUGUCACAAAUUUGAGAUCAAGACAAGUUUUUUCCAGUAGUUUCACUGAUAGACAGCUGAAGACGAUAUCAAUAGACAAUCCCAACAAGAACAGAUCCAGUAUUCUACAAAGAAGAGGCUCAAACCACAGUCUAACAUUAAACUUAGAAGCAUCCUCAACUUUGAAUAAAGGGCUUUCAGCAUCUAAUUUUAGCUUGGGAAACCAUAAAGGAUCUUAUCAUAACUUGGUCAGUUCUUCAAGUAAUCUAAACCAUCAUCAGUCAGAUCAACAGUCAAGCCAUCAACAGCGACCUCUAAACGUAAAAACAAAAAAAAACCUUUUGCAGCGGCGUGGUUCCAACACAAGCCUUGUAUUGAACUUGCAAGGUUCUACCAACAGUCUGAACCGAUACAACAGUCACAACUCUCUAAAUAUUCAUAAUCAACCCAACAAUCGCCCGUUGAAGAAAGGACUUAUCGAGAGAAGAAAUUCGAAUACAAGCUUGACUUUGUUCAACGAACAAAAUCCUGCGUUAUCAGUUUCCAACUGCAACCUUCCCGGGUCAAACUGUAGCUUAAAUAGCAUGGUCACAUACCAUACGCAAAACGAUGGUCUGAUGUUGGAAGAAGACGAACAUCAAGUAGCUUCUAACAAUAACCAAUCGAAUUAUUGUGGAAGAGUAGAUUCUAAUGCAACUAACGAAUCCCACUUAUCAUUAAGCUGUGCACAACAUUCUUCACGAAGAAAAUUUCUCAGCUCUGAUAGCAUUCACAAUAUUGCUCGUUCUAGAGCUUUAUGCUGUUGUCAGCAAGAAGUGAGCAACGUAAAAAAUCUGCGUAUCUCACAUAAUCGAGAUAUUGAUGAUUCAUGUAGUGGUGAGUAUAACCUACUAAAAAAAGGUGCAGGUGGUUAUGUUCUACAUGACCAAUAUAACAAAGAACUUUGUACAAAACUCCUAAAAAAUUAUUUUAUUUUAUAUUUUCAAAUCAUUGCCUAUUUAUUUAAUCCUUAAUAAUUCAUUUCAAAUAAAUGUUUUCAAUCUUUGGCACCUCUGUGAAAAUAAAUUGCGAAAACACGAAAAUAUUGCCAAAACAAGUAUGGUUCGGAAAAUGUCCCCCCGGGAGGACCUCCCAGAGGGAACCGGCCACCAUAGACAAACAGACGUGACUCUCCAUACAAAUUAUUUUUGAAAUCCAUCGUCCUUCAUCAAAUCUCCAAAUCACGGCGACGUUAGCGCUGCCUGGUGAGCUUAUGCCGAAGCUCAGCCCAAACACACCAAUACAAACCCAUUACUGUCAUGUGUCAUGUCAGUGUAUGCGUGAGACAAUCAAGCCUUAACGAUUGUAAACAUUAGCAGCUGAUUCGAAAUAAUGUUGUUGUUGCUGAUCAUCAGUAACAAAAUCAAAAUAAAUAAAUCAAGACCGACGGCCGAAAAUGACGGUGGGUCGGUUCCGUUUCCGAUGGCAGAACCUCGUGAGGCAAAUCAUGUGGCAGCACCUGCAGCGAUGCAAACACAAUGACAGAAACCACACCACUGGUCCUCCCCGUUGCUUGCAUGUUCCGUCUAAGAUUCCUCCUCCACCGAAAACAUGAACCAUUACACCUGACACCAUCAUCAACAAGAUAUCCCGGUCACGAAAACACUAGUAGUGGCCACCGGAAUAGGAAAAUCCAAUUCAAAACUAACGGAAUUGAUCCCCACGAUAGGCGUUUGGAAACACCUGCAGGUAGCGUGUCCACGGCGCAAUUAUGUUGCCAGCCAACAAAACCAAAUGGGCCGAAUGAGACGAAAAAAAUCGCGAAGAGUGGCGCUCACGAUCGACGCAACAUCGUCAAAAUGCCAAAAGGACGACCAGCAGCAGCAAUCUGAGCAGCAGUCCGCGAAGGAUAAGCAGGUUGCUCCGAAGGAGAUGACUCCACCACAGGAUCCAGCCUAUCUGGUUAAUAGUGGGGUAAAGGGUAUGCCCUCGCUAGUCAGACGCUCAUCUGACUCUGGCCGAAACUUCCCCAAAUUUGACCCGCAAAGUCUGGAUAGUGGAUUACCGUUGGAUUUUCUGAAUUUCAUUAUAUUUUUUUUGUUUUCAUUUGCUGCCUCACACGUGCUCACGCUCAACCUAAAAACUAAAAAAAACCACGCAUCACACACACUGAGAAAAGACGGGCGAGUUGUCACGACAGCAGCGCCAUCAUUGCCGGGUGAGUGGAUGCCGAAACAAAAUUGCAUUUGAAAUAGCCGUUUUUGAAGGACGAUGGUUCGGCACUCGAGUGUCCCGUCUGUUUGUCUGUGCGGCCACUCUAGGUUGUGACCACCAUAAUCAAAAUGGUAAUUUUCAUGUCCAGUAUCAAAACCAUGAAUUUUGAUACCCAUAUUGCCCCUAGUCGUAUGGUUCGAUUAAUGUCCCCCCGGUAGAAACAUCCCGAGGGCACUGGCUACUCCGGGUGUGGCCAAUCCGGUCAAAAUGGCAAUUUUCAUACCAGUUUCAAAAACCAUGAAUUUUGAUACCCAUAUUGCCCCAAGUCGUAUGGUUCGAUUAAUGUCCCGCCGGUAGAACCUUCCCCAGGGCACUGGCCACUCCGGGUGUGGCCAAUAGCCUAUAAAUGUGGUCCCAACCCCAUUGCCUUAAAUCAUUCUGGUUUUUCGGUGAACGUCCUAACAAUCUUCAUUAGAACAGAAUUCCUCCCAAUUUAGUGCACAAACUGUGUCUUUCAAUGUGUGCGUGUGUGUGUGUGUGUGUGUGUGUGUGUGUGUGUGUGUGUGUGUGUGUGUGUGUGUGUGUGUGUGUGUGUGUGUGUGUGUGUGUGUGUGUGUGUGUGUGUGUGUGAGCAAUAAAACUACCACCGUUGAUCCGUCUUUGAUGAAACCACGAUAGGCACUGUAAUUUUCUGAGGCUAAGUGCUAGCUUAAAUAGUUCGCAUGAAAUGUGGCAACAGUGGUGCAACAUUCUCGCGUGACAG